AUGUCGAAACUCAACCCUCUCAACUGGUCGCGGAAAUGGCAGAUUAUAGGAGGUGUCGGAGCCACAGUCAUCAUUGUCGCUGUGAUAGUCGGCGCUGUUGAGGGCUCAAAAUCAUCCGAGUCUGGUUCAUACCCAGACUACAGCGCAUUGAACUACACCAUCUCGGAGCGCAUGAACGGAACAACCUUCUUCGACCACUUCAACUACUACACCGACGCCGAUCCCAGCAACGGCGCAGUCGUUUAUCUUUCAGAAGAAUCAGCGACCUGGAGUAACCUCACAUAUGCUGGAGAGUCAUCUGCCAUCCUGAGGGUUGACAGCACGAGCUCGGGCAUCACAAAUCGCAAUUCUGUGCGCAUUACCUCAAAGAAUCAGUGGGAUACUGGACUGUUCGUGUUUGAUGUCAUUCAUUCACCUUAUGGCUGCGGUACAUGGCCGGCAGUGUGGCUUUCUGAUCCUGACAACUGGCCGACGAACGGAGAGAUCGAUGUCAUUGAGGCUGUCGAGCAGGGAAACAAAGGCAAUCAAAUGACCCUUCAUACAUCUGAAGGUUGCACGAUGAAGGCCAAGAGAGAGGAGACAGGCACAGUGUCCGGAACAAACUGCUGGAACUCGACAAAUGACAACGAAGGUUGCGGUGUUUUCGGAACCAAGAGCAGCUACGGAGAAGCCUUGAACGAAGCAGGUGGUGGUCUCUUCGCCGUCGAACUCCGUGACGCUGGUAUUCGCAUGUGGAUGUUCGACCGCUCAUCGCCACCUUCAGAUUUGACUUCCACCAACGACUCCUCUCCCGACCCAUCAGGAUGGGGCACCCCUGUGGCCGACUUCCCAAGCACACAUUGCGACAUCUCUGACCACUUCAGCAAUCAAUCCAUCAUUGCAAACAUCGAUCUUUGUGGUGACUGGGCUGGCUCCACGGCUGUUUAUUCGACAGAGUACGGAUGUUCAGGGACAUGUGCAGAUCUGGUGUCUGGUAAUGGUACGGCUUUUGAGAAUGCUUACUGGGAGUUUGCAAGUUUCAGAGUGUGGACGUCCUCGUAA